AUGAGUCCAGUUGUCAGUGAUUACGACCUUUUCCAAGCCGCAGCCGAGUUCAAGAAAGAAAACACGAAACGCAUUGCAGAUCACUUGAAGAUACCGGAGAGCGAGGUACAAAGGCGGCUUCACUUUCUGAUCAACGAUCUCGAGAGGCCAGUGAAAGGAGAGAAGAGUGAGAAAGGAAAGAGGAAGUGGAGCGAAAAGGAAGAGAAGGAAAAGGAAGAGAAGGGCAAGAAGAUUCGGCUUGGACCAAGGAAAAGGCUCCAACUCGAUGAUUGA